GGGAGGCUGGGGGAGGGUAGCGGAGCCGGCGCCGCCGCCAUGUUGGGUCUGAAGCGGCUGCUGUAGGCGCCGACGGAGCGAGCGGGCGUGCGGAGCGGGCGACAGUGGCGUGGGAUCUGCCUCUCUGCGAGCAGCUGGGAGCGGCGGCGCCAUGAGCGGGGGCACCCCUUAUAUGGGCAGCAAGAUCAGCCUCAUCUCCAAGGCGGAGAUCCGCUACGAGGGCAUCCUCUACACCAUCGACACCGAAAACUCCACUGUAGCCCUUGCCAAAGUUCGAUCCUUUGGUACAGAAGACAGACCGACAGAUCGUCCAAUACCACCUCGAGAUGAAGUCUUUGAAUACAUUAUAUUCCGUGGGAGUGACAUUAAAGACCUUACUGUUUGUGAGCCACCAAAACCACAGUGUUCUUUGCCUCAAGACCCAGCUAUUGUUCAGUCCUCACUAGACUCAUCGACUUCUUCAUUCCAGUCCAUGGGUUCUUAUGGGCCUUUCGGCAGGAUGCCCACAUACAGUCAGUUCAGUCCAAGUUCCUUAGUUGGGCAGCAGUUUGGUGCUGUUGGUGUUGCUGGAAGCUCUUUGACAUCCUUUGGAACAGAAACAUCAAACAGUGGUACCUUACCCCAAAGUAGUGCGGUUGGUUCUGCCUUUACACAGGAUACAAGAUCUCUAAAAACACAGUUAUCUCAAGGUCGCUCAAGCCCUCAGUUAGACCCUUUGAGAAAAAGCCCAACCAUGGAACAAGCAGUGCAGACCGCCUCAGCCCACUUACCUGCUCCAGCAGCUGUUGGGAGAAGGAGUCCUGUAUCAACCAGGCCUUUGCCAUCUGCCAGCCAAAAGGCAGGAGAGAAUCAGGAGCACAGGCGAGCUGAAGUACACAAAGUUUCAAGGCCAGAAAAUGAGCAACUCAGAAAUGAUAACAAGAGACAAGUAGCUCCAGGUGCUCCUUCAGGUCCAAGGAGAGGGCGUGGGGGUCAUCGGGGUGGCAGGGGAAGAUUUGGUAUUCGGCGAGAUGGCCCAAUGAAAUUUGAGAAAGACUUUGACUUUGAAAGUGCAAAUGCACAAUUCAGCAAGGAAGAGAUUGACAGAGAGUUUCAUAAUAACUUAAAAGAAGAUAAACUUGAGAAACAGGAGAAGCCUGUAAAUAGUGAAGAUAAAGGAGACUCAGGAGUUGAUACCCAAAACAGUGAAGGAAAUGCCGAUGAAGAAGAUCCACCUGGACCUAAUUGCUAUUAUGACAAAACUAAAUCCUUCUUUGAUAAUAUUUCUUGUGAUGACAAUAGAGAACGGAGACCAACCUGGGCUGAAGAAAGAAGAUUAAAUGCUGAAACAUUUGGAAUCCCACUUCGUCCAAACCGUGGCCGUAGGGGAUACAGAGGCAGAGGAGGUCUUGGUUUCCGUGGUGGCAGAGGGCGUGGUGGUGGCAGAGGUGGUACCUUCACUGCUCCUCGAGGAUUUCGCGGUGGAUUCAGAGGAGGUCGUGGGGGCCGGGAGUUUGCAGAUUUUGAAUAUAGGAAAACCACAGCUUUUGGACCCUAAAAGGUCUGGAUUGAUCGUACUGCUUUCUGAAAGAAAGACAACAAAGUUGCUGCAUAGUCUACAAACAAGUCUCUGAAAAUAGGUGAAUUUCUAGCUCUUCAUGGUCCUGAACAUUGAUUUCAGUCUUUGCAAAGAAUGAAGAAGUGAAUUCGCUGUACAUUUGUCACCAGUACUGGGUUUUUGUUUUUUGUUUGUUUUUCCGCUUACUUUCAAAGAUAAAAUGCAGUUACUUUUGGGGGUGGAAGGCUCAUCUUAAAACAUGAGCAUUAAAUAUAUUUGGAAUAGCAGAACGUUAAGUAAUUUCUUAUGUAUAGUUAAACUAAAGCAGUACUUCAGUGGGACUUAACAAGUAUUUUUUCAUCACUGAAAGGUUUUUUUUUUAUCACUAAAUUGUAUUUGGCAAUUCCAAGUUGCCUGCAGAUAGGGCUGUGAUACUAAGGUUGUGUGUGUGUGUGCGUGUGUGUGUAUGUGUGUGUGUGUGUGUAUCUUUUUCCUCCUUUCUUUUGGGGAAUCCUGUAAUAUGAGGUAGCUUAUUUCGUCAAUUAAUUAGGGUGCUGGAUGGUAGAGAAUUUUGUCAGUCAACUAUGUACACACAGUAAAUACUGUUUCUUAGGCAAAGGUAACUUUUUUAUAUAGUUGUAAAAUUCCAUUAUAUUCCAUUGCCAAAGAAACAUUAAGAACUUUGUAUAGCUGUUUAAAAAGCAACUAAUUUUUUAAAGAAUAAACAUUUUAAAGUCCAAAAAAAACCCAAAAAAACCCCCAAAAAACCAGCUCCUGGAUUCAUUGAUUUUUUGAAGGGUUUUUCGUGUCUCUAUCUCCUUCAGUUCUGCUCUGCUCUUAGUUAUUUCUUGUCUUCUGCUAGCGUUUGAAUUUGUUUGCUCUUGCUUCUCUAGUUUUUUUUAUUGUGAUGUUAGGGUGUCGAUUUUAGAUCUUUCCUACUUCCUCCUGUGGGCAUUUAGUGCUAUAAAUUUCCCUCUACACACUGCUUUAAAUUGGCCCCAGAGAUUCUGGUACAUUGUGUCUUUGUUCUCAUUGGUUUCAAAGAACAUCUUUAUUUCUUCCUUCAUUUUGUUAUUCAACCAGUAGUCAUUCAGGUGCAGGAUAUUCAGUUACCAUGUAAUUGUGUGGUUUUCAGUGAGUUUCUUAAUCCUGAGUUCUAAUUUGAUUGCACUGUGGUCUGAGAGACAGUUUGUUGUGAUUUCUCUUCUUUUGCAUUUGCUGAGGAGUGUUUUACCUCCAAUUAUGUGGUCAAUUUUAGAAUAAGUGCAAUAUGGUGCUGAGAAGAAUGUAUAUUCUGUUGAUUUGGGGUGGAGAGUUCUGUAGAUGUCUAUUAGGUCGGCUUGGUCCAGAGCUAAGUUCAAGUCCUGGAUAUCCUUGUUAACCUUCUGUCUCCUUGAUCUGUCUAAUAUUGACAGUGGGGUGUUAA